AAAUUAAAUAUCCCCUUCCCCCGAUUAAAUCGGUCCUACUCGGCCUCUGCUUCACCAGACCUCGACUGAUUGUUAGACCAUUAUCCUUACCUAAGGCGGGCCUUUGGAACUCGACGUCAGCUAGUUGCGCUGCACAUCAAAACACACAGAUGACUGCCUACCGCCCAAAUCCCUUCAGGCCCACUAUGCCCCUGCGUGUGUCUUCGCAGCCACAUACACUUCUCAAGACGCCUGCCAUAAGAUCAGCACUAUUGCCAAGGGCUGUACCCGGCCUGGUUGUCUUUGGUGCAGUCUACACCGUCGUCUCAUAUGUCCGUUCUCAGUUGCGGAAUGAGUCCAACACGCUGAACCGGGUCUUCUCUCAACAAAACACCCCAAGCGUCAUGGAGAAAAGGAAAGAGCGGUACCUGAUCGAGACCGAGGGUGAUCCCCGCAAGACGAUAUACAAUGUGUUGAACUGGUAGAGCCACGGAUUCAUGUACCUUGGGUAGGCGGCGUUUGGGUGACGAGAACAACGGGCACUGUUUUUGUUCAAUGCUUGCAUAGGUGACAGCGGCAUUAUUAGUUUUUCUUAUACCAAGGGAGAAGUGGGAUUUGGAUCAAUGUUGCAGCUUGGGGGUUGUCCGGGCAGGCGGUAUAGCGGUAGCAAAAAUUUAGUUUUGGUGGCUGUAAAGGCACAGUUACACAACUGCUUUUUGCAUUCGUACCGGGGCCAAGGUCUUUGGUUCAUUUCAACAUACAGUUCAAUACUGGUUUGAUUGUUAGCGUGGGACUUCUUCCGACUUUGAACAGGGGAGAAAUGUGCGAUCUAGACUAUGUGAUUGGUCUA